UGGCAGAUGGCAGCUGACUCAGUACACAGGGAAAGAAAGGGAUGAGCAGAAGCUGGACCUAAGAUAUGAGCUGCAGCCACAGAAGAAGAAGAAAAAGAAGAAGCCCUCAAAACUGCGAAGACAAUCCGGACGAGCUUUGCCCACUGCGUUGUUGCCGACACCUCUGCCCCGCAUCUGAAAUGCGACUUGUCCAUCAGUUGCUGCUUUUGCACUAGCACCAGGCGUUCUGGAUUCUGUUGACUUGUGGCUGAGGAGAGGCUGGUCUGGCUGUUGUCCCGAGCGUAUGAACCGGUGUGAUGGUGAAAUGAGAUGAGGCUCCGAAAUGGAACUGUGGCCACGGUGUUAGCGUUUGUCACCUCGUUCCUUACUCUGUCCUGGUAUACCACAUGGCAAAAUGGGAAAGAAAAACUAAUUGCUUAUCAACGAGAAUUUCUUGCUUUAAAAGAACGUCUUCGCAUAGCUGAACAUAGGAUAUCUCAGCGCUCUUCUGAGUUGAACUCCAUUGUCCAGCAAUUUCGCCGUGUAGGAGCAGUAACUAAUGGAAGUAAGGCUGCACUGAAUACGUUCUCAGAUAAUACCAUAAAGCUACUAAAGGAGUUGACAAGCAAAAAAUCCCUUCAAGUGCCAAGCAUUUAUUAUCAUUUGCCUCAUUUAUUGCAAAAUGAAGGAAGUCUUCAGCCUGCGGUACAGAUUGGCAAUGGAAGAACGGGAGUUUCAAUAGUAAUGGGAAUUCCUACCGUGAAGAGAGAAGUUAAAUCUUACCUCAUAGAAACCCUUCAUUCCCUUAUUGAUAAUCUGUAUCCUGAAGAGAAGCUGGACUGCGUUAUAGUUGUCUUCAUUGGAGAGACAGACCUUGAUUAUGUUAACAGCGUUAUAGCGAACCUGGAGAAAGAAUUUUCUAAAGAACUUAGUUCUGGCCUGCUGGAAAUAAUCUCCCCUCCUGAAAGCUAUUACCCUGACUUGACAAACCUGAAGGAGACGUUUGGAGACUCCAAGGAAAGAGUAAGAUGGAGAACCAAGCAAAACCUGGAUUAUUGCUUUCUAAUGAUGUAUGCUCAGGAGAAGGGCAUCUAUUACAUUCAGCUUGAAGAUGAUAUUAUUGUGAAACAAAACUAUUUUAAUACCAUAAAAAAUUUUGCACUUCAACUCUCUUCUGAAGAAUGGAUGAUUCUAGAGUUUUCUCAGCUUGGCUUCAUUGGAAAAAUGUUCCAAGCACCAGAUCUUACUCUGAUUGUGGAGUUCAUCUUUAUGUUUUAUAAGGAGAAACCCAUUGACUGGCUCUUGGACCACAUUCUCUGGGUGAAAGUCUGCAACCCCGAAAAAGAUGCCAAACAUUGUGACAGACAGAAGGCAAAUCUACGAAUCCGCUUCCGACCGUCCCUCUUCCAGCACGUGGGUCUGCAUUCCUCACUGUCUGGGAAAAUUCAGAAACUCACGGAUAAAGAUUACAUGAAACCAUUGCUUCUCAAGAUCCAUGUGAACCCCCCCGCGGAGGUCUCCACUUCCAUGAAGGUGUACCAAGGUCAUACACUGGAGAAGACCUACAUGGGCGAGGACUUCUUCUGGGCCAUCACCCCCACAGCUGGAGACUACAUCCUGUUUAAAUUCGACAAACCAGUCAAUGUAGAAAGUUAUUUGUUCCAUAGUGGCAAUCAAGAACACCCAGGAGACAUCCUGCUUAACACAACUGUGGAGGUUCUGCCUCUUAAGAGCGACAAUUUGGAAAUCAGCAAAGAAACCAAAGAUAAACGAUUAGAAGAUGGCUAUUUCAGAAUAGGAAAAUUUGAGUAUGGCGUUGCCGAGGGAAUCGUGGACCCUAGUCUAAACCCUAUUUCAGCCUUUCGACUCUCAGUUAUUCACAAUUCUGCUGUUUGGGCCAUUCUUAAUGAGAUUCAUAUUAAAAAAGUCGCCAAUUGAUCUUCUAAGAAACCAACACAUCCUUUCCUGUGACUCUGUCGAUUAAAGAUAGUUAGCACGUCCUUUUCUGUUUGGACUCGAACACUACCUCUCGUGAAGCCUACUGUAGAUAAGAUGAUUGUCAUUUCCACUCAGACAGGGGCUCUUCCCAUGGAUAACUAAGCUGUCCUCCACUUUGAACUUGACACAAGCGUUUUACAAUUCUGACAGCCUGUUGAUGCGACUGGGGCUAUUUUGGUAUUAUACUAAUACAUAAGAGUUGUACAUAUUGUUACAUUCCUUAAAAUUUGAGAAAACUAAUGUUCAAUACAUUUUGUGGAGGGGGUACUUUUGAAGUUGAUUUAUUUUACUAUUAUAGACCCUCUUUUAUAGACGAUCAGGGAUUAUAUAUAUAUAUAUAUAAAUAUAUAAAUAUACAUAAAGAUGUUAUGGAGUUAAUUUAUUAGAAACACUUAA